UCGCCCCCCUGCGCAGGGUCACCCAUGUCCCGUCCCACUGGCCCCUCAGUGGUCCCCACGGGAGAGGACAUGGCCCAGGAGCGUCCCGCCUGCGCCCUGGAGCCCGAGCUCGUCCAGCGGCUGCUGCUCACCUGCCGGGAGGCCAAGAAGUCCGCUUACUGCCCCUACAGUCACUUCCGCGUGGGGGCCGCACUCCUCACUCGGGACGGGAGGAUCUUCUCGGGGUGCAACAUUGAAAACAUCUGCUUCCCAAUGGGCGUCUGUGCAGAGCGGACCGCGAUCCAGAAGGCCAUCUCAGAAGGGCACAGAGAGUUCAGGGCAAUCGCUAUCUCCAGUGACCUGCAAGAUGAUUUUAUCUCACCAUGCGGAGCCUGCAGGCAAGUCAUGAGAGAGUUUGGCACCAACUGGGCUGUCUACAUGACCAAGCCGGAUGGCACAUACAUUGUCAGGACAGUCCUGGAGCUGCUGCCUGCCCCCUUCGGGUCCAUGGGCCCACAGAAGAUCCAGUGAAGGCCGGAGAGCACCCACCACCCGGAAGAGCCUGGGUGUCCACGUGUGCGUAAGGAGACAGCUCCCGGAGAACUUCGUGAAGCUGUUCACGCAGACCUGGGGACAUCCGCCCACCGGGCCCCAGCCUUCCAGGGGCUGGGCACAGAUGGCUUUUCCAAGUUACACCCGAGCAUGGCGGUCUUCACCCGAAACGACAGCGGGUUUCAUUUUGUCCUGGGCCAACGUCCCUCCUUGCAGCCCACCUUUCCUCUCCGGGACAGGAGCACUCAUCCCUUCCUCUCCUUCCCGUGGUCCUGCUUUAAAAUUCCAGCCAGGUCUGGAACUCUCCCCUGUCAGCCUUCCGAAGGUUCCAUCCUGCCCUGAGGGACUUUUCUAGUUACAGACAUCACGGAACAGCCUGAUUUGGGAGUGCACACUUUGCUCUGUUUCUUUCAUUGUUCACAACUCUUAGGACGACAGGGUGAUUUGUCUUUACAGAAAGACCUGGGUAUUCUCUGCUGGGAGAGGAGAUGGGCACCGUGGAACCGUGUACCCUCUGGUGUGGAGAGCUGAGUUUUUAGGCCUCUUGUUCCUCCAGAUGGGAGGCCCCGCUGGGCUGAGCUGAACUGCCGGUGGCCAUUUCUAGCAUUUGUUUGGGGCUCGGGCUAGACCUGAAUACCGGAUGCCAUCCACCUAAAUGGCUGUAUCUGAGAGAUUCCAAAGUAUGAAGAGAAAGGCAUGCGUUUGUCUAGACAGGGUAAAAAUGUAUCUCUGAAGACCU